AUGGAUUUUGAUUUCAACGAAGCUCAAAACUCAUUUCAGUUCCUCUAAGCGUAAAAUAAAUUGCCAAUUAAGAUGUCUCACAAACUUGAACUUCUUUUAGAGUGCAUCAAUAGCUAAGAAAUUGACACGUCUGUUUUCCAUUCAUUAGAACUAGAAGAGUGUCAGACAUUUAUGAAGUUGAAUAAGUAGGCCCAAAAAGAGAUGUUUAUGUCGAUCAUUAAGGGAUGUGCAUAUGUAAUGUUGAUAUUAUUUAUCAAAGGCUAAUAUGAUCCCAUCAGCAAUAGGAGAGAUUAAAGGAAUUAUAGAUGUUAGAACCAAAGUGCUAAAAAGUUGGAAGUAAAAAGAGUUUAAAAUAGACUCUAAAUAAAGAACCUUUGAAAUAUUGAGAAAAAAGAACAGCAAAAAAAAACAACGAAUUAUCUACCUCUAAUAUUAUACUGUAUAACCCUAAGAAUUCAAAGAUAAGCGCUAUCGAUUUGUUAUUAUUGCCAAUUCUGAAGGUCAUGGUUACUACAAAACAUUGGUUUGUGGAUCUGAUGAUAAAGUACUUUAUGACAAAGUGAUCCAGGCACUUAAAACGAUAUCGUAAUUUAAAGAUCACGUGAUGAGAGGAAGUAUCCUACUUGAAUCAAAUGAUUUUAAUUAGCCAAGGGCAAUUAACAAUUAACAAUCUUUCAUUACAACUAGAUAAGAUAUGAAAUUAGUGACUCAAUCAGAAAUCAUUCCGCAAAAAUAAAACAUGAAUAUUAAAAUCACAAAGCAAACAGUAGAACCCGAUAUUAGGCCAAUUCAAUAGUAAUAAUAGCAAUAUUAAUAACAAACCCUUUCUUAGAAUGUCAAAUAAUAGCCAAAUGCAAAUGAAUAAGUUCUAUAAAGCGAUUCCACACUCAAAUAACAACAAUAUCCAUAAAAUAUUUAAUAAUAAUAAGUUUAAUAACCUAUAAUAUAUCAUUAAUAAGAGCAACAAUAAUAAUUGCUCUAAUACUAGCAAUAAUAAUUGUAAUAGUAGUAAUAAUAAUAACAGUAAUAAUAAUAAUAAUAAUAAUAAUAAUAAUAAUAAUAAUAAUAAUAAUAAUAAUAAUAAUAAUAAUAAUAAUAAUAAUAAUCUUAAUAAUAAUAAUAUUAAUAAUCUUAAUAAUAAUAAUAAUCUUAAUUAUAAAAAAGUUAAGAAGAAUAGUAUAGAUUAUAAUAAGAUUAAUUAAAUUAGCAACAAAAAAUAGAUUAAUAAAGAUCUUAAUUGUAAGAAUAAUUAAGUUAGUAAAUACUAUAAUAAGAAUAGUCACAAAAGAUUUCGAAAUAAGUAUUGACUACUCAGUAGGCAAAUGAAAUACCUUAAAUUAAAAAUGAACUAAAAUAUCCAUAAGUUUUUCAAAUGUUAUUUGAAGAGGGUAAAUUUAAUCCUGAUUACUUUACUCAAUCAAAUAAAUAAUUCACUCAAGUUUAUUCAAAAGAUGGAGUAUAAAUAUUGAAGGAUUAAGGUAAUUCACUUUGUUUUAGAUCAACCUUAACCAUAUAUAAUGCAGAUAUUGAUAAGGUAUUUUAAUGUUUGGCUGAAAUCGAUUUUGUGAAAAAAUGGAACGCAGUCAUCAAUCCUAAUGAAACAAAAUUAUUAAAUCUAAUGUAAAGCGAAAAUUGUGGUAUCAUAUAUGAAAGACAUAAGCCAUAUGGAUUACUUUACUUGCCAAGAGAUUUUGUUUAUUUACGGUAUGUAACAUACAGAGGGGAUGACAUUUUGAUUGUAGACAAAUCAAUAGAAAAUGAAGAUGCACCUCCUUACAUGAAAGUGAUUAGGGGAGAAAUUAAUUACUAACUAACUGAGAUAGUUAACAAUGAAAAUAAUAUUUUAGUCAGAAUUGAGACAGAAAUAACGAAUGGUGGUUUAUCGUCUGUGAGUCAAGACUGUGCAAUUACUUAAUGGUAUUUAAGUGAACUUUCCCAUUUUCAAUAAUUCUUAAAGACAUACUCUGCAGUUUAAGAGAUAAUACAAUCUCCUCUAUUAUAAAUAUUAAAAAGCACAAGACCAAAUAAAUAAAAAGAAAUUAUAAUAAUAGAUUAAGGAAUAUCCAGUAUUCAAUAAUAAUAAUAAAUUUUGUAACCACAAUCCCUUCAAUAUACUCCUACAAAUUAAUAGUAAAGUAAUAUAGAACAAUAAUCGGUGAUUAUUAAAGAAGUGUACUAACCUUCUCCUGUGACAACAGCAUAUGAUGAAUAAUUCAAAUUUGAUUAAGUUAAUGAAAAUCGAAGGAUCACUUUAGAUUAACUCCCAAUAAUAGCCACUGUACCAGAAACUCCCCCCUUAACAAUUGAAAAUCACAAAGAAAUAAAUGAGAUUUAAUAAUACAAUAAAGAUAUAGAAGAUGCUGAUUUAAGUAAUUACACUCCUAGUGAUUUCAUCUAAUAGACAUUACCUGAAUUAUCAGAAAAAGAGAUUUCUUAAGUUAAACAAAUGAUAAAAAAUAUUGAACAAGGUUUAUAUGAUUAUACUUCUAAUUGUAUAAACCAUAAAUAUAUCUAAGAACCUUAAAAGGUCAAGGAUGAAUACAUCACUUAGAUAAAUGGAGGACAUUACUUUUUAAGAUAGGACUGGAAAAGAGAUAUGAAACAUGGGGGAAUGAUAUUUUAUAAUUAAAAGAAGAUAGAGGCCUAAAAGAGAGUUAUUAAAUUCAUGUUAAAGUCAAUUGGAUCUAAUCUGUUAUCUGGUAAAUCAAUAUUAAAUAUAUCAUUGCCUGUUGAAGUGUUUGAAAGCAGAUCAAAUUUGGAAAGAUUUUGUUAUUCUUUUACAUUUGCACCUUAGAUUUUGGAAAAGGCAGCUAAAAUAGAUAAUAUACUUGAACAAAUGAAAUAUACGAUAGCAUUUGGAUGCAGUAUUUAUUUAUUGUAAAUUAGGUUCAAUUAUUAUGUAUAUGUCUUUAGAGAAGCCAUUCAAUCCUAUUUUGGGAGAAACAUAUUAAGGCUUCAUCAAUGGAUGCCCUGUUUAUGCUGAGUAGGUGAGUCAUCAUCCACCUAUCAGUGCUUUUUAAUUGAAAGGUAGAGGAUAUGAUAUUGACGGACACAUUGAAUCAGCAGCAAGUAUGCAUGCCAAUAGUGUUACUGGAAAGAACAUAGGAUUUAUUAGAGUGACCUACCACAAUACACGUUCAAAGCAAAUUUUUAUUUAAUGUCCAGGAGUAUUAACAGGAACUGCGUUUGGAACGAGAGUAUUUAAUAUAAAUGGAAGAUCGUAUACAAUUGAUUUGGUAUCUAUAAUUAUCAUUUAAAGGAAAAUAAUCUAAUUGCUGAUAUGGCAUUUAAUCCUGGAAGCAAGAAUGUAUUCAAUAAGAAAGACUUAUUGUAAGACCAAUUUAUUGGUUAUUUGUACAAAGUAAAGCCAGGAGUAUUGAAUAAAUAUAAAAAGGAGGGAUAUGCAAAAUAUUCUGGAAUUGAUUUUGAUAAGGAUGUUGAAUAAAGAGUAAGAUAUUUUUAUAAAUCAGUUUUUUUCCAUAAAUGGUAUCUGGAAUCAAAUGGUUGAAUUUGAUGGGGUUAAAUUAUUUGAUACACUUGAGAUGAAUCCUCAUGUAAUGGUUAAUCAUCCUUGUCCUUUGCCUUCGGACUCAAAUUUCAGAUUGGAUAUUCUGUAUUGGAAAUUGAGGGAUUUUGAUAAUUCUUAAAGGACAAAGGAAAUAUAUGAGGUGAAAUAAAGAAGUGAUAGAAAAUGGAGAGAGAAACUUACAGGUAAGAAACAUUGAGUUUUUGUAUUGUAUAUUUUAAUAUAAAGUUUAAU